UCCAUCAUAAUACGACCAGCAGAUAAGGGCGGCAGUGUAGUUAUACAGGACUUACAUAAAUACAAACAAGAAAUACAGAGGCAAUUAUCUGAUACUGUCACAUAUCAGCUUCUCACCAGAGACCCAACGGAUCAAUAUAAGCAAGAAUUGUCAGACAUCUUAGAAAAAGCAGAACAAGAUGGCUGGAUAACUACCAAAAUUAAAACAUCUUUACUGGUUAAGUUUCCUAUAACACCAGUACUAUACACGGUUCCCAAAGUACACAAAAAUUGUGUUGAACCACCGGGCCGCCCCAUCGUGUCAGCAAGAGGCUCUUUAUACCAUCCUAUAGCCGAAUUGCUCGACUCUUUGUUACAGCCACAUAUCACCAAGGAACAUACGUACCUUAAAGAUACAACAUCCUUUCUUAAAGCUUUAGCUACUUUCUCCAAUACAACGGAGUUUCAAUAUCUAUGCACCAUGGACGUUAACUCUCUGUAUACUUCCAUCCCUCACAGCGAGGGCCUGGAGGCUGUACAGGAGUUCGUUAGCAGGAUUCAAGAACCUUUUGGAUUUCACAUUCCCCUCUUUCUACAGCUACUACGCUUGGUGCUAACACGGAAUUACUUUCUGUAUGAUGGCAGAUAUUAUCUGCAAGCCCAAGGCUGUGCCAUGGGAAGUGCAGUAGCCCCGGCAUAUGCCAAUAUUUACAUGUUUAAACUGGAACAAGAAUUCUUUCUAAAUAACGCCGACUAUAAGAAACAUAUCUGUUGGUAUACCCGCUACAUAGAUGACUGCUUCAUGCUUUGGAACAGCAGCGAAGAAGCAUUUCUAGAAAUGAUGACCAACAUUAAUCAUCUCCCCUCUAGCAUCAAGUUUACCUUCAAAAUCAGCACCACAAGAGUCAAUUUCCUAGACGUCAUAGUGACCAAUCAACAGAGCCAUUUGGAAACUUCAGUUUACUACAAACCUACAGACCGUAACACUCUUCUGGAAGCAAGCAGCCAUCACCCCAAGGCACUUAAACAGGGACUUCCACAUUCUCAAAUGCUCAGAAUAGCCAGAAUAACCAGCAACGCAGAUGAUCUGCCAGCUGCGUUGGACAUCACCAUGAAUAAAUUCAUCCAGAGAGGCUAUGACCCCAUAGAACUGGCAAAGACAAAAGCAAAAGUAUUACAAAUUCCAAGACAAGGCCUGUUGAACCAGCAAAUUCCUGCGGACACUAAAGAUAAAUUCAUCUGGUCAACUACCUUUUCCACCACCAGCCCCAUGAUAACAAGGGCAACAAAGGCACUCUGGCCAAUAGUGAAAACUGACCCUAGUUUACCAUGUUUUACUAAUAAAACACCAAUGACUAGCUUCAGGAGAGGAAAAAACCUACGCGACCAUCUUGUUAAGGCGGAUAUCACUAACCUUAUACCAUCUUCAGGCAUUUUUGGUUUCAGCAAAAAACCGGGCUGCUAUAAAUGCGCCUCUUGCACUACGUGCAAAUACCUCAUUUCAGGAAGUACCUUCCAGCACCCACACAAAAAUAAAAAAUAUGAAAUCCAACAGAUCCUUACCUGCUCCUCACGGUUCGUUAUUUAUUACAUCACAUGCCCAUGUAAUAAAUAUUACAUCGGCAUGACCAGCCGCAUGUUUAAAGAGAGGAUGGCAUUGCAUCGCUCUGCGAUAACCAAAUCUCUCCAAGGAGAACAAAAUGAUCAGCCAGUGGCACGGCAUUUUAAAACAUGCCAACACAGUCUGGGCCAACUACGUUACCAAAUAAUUGACCAGCUUCCACCAAUGAUCAGAGGAGGAGAUAAAUCCACAGCCUUACAGAAAUUAGAAUCACGCUGGAUUUUUAAACUGGACACCAUUCAUCCCAAUGGACUGAAUGAGAAAAUCAACUGGAACAUUCUUUGACAGACUUCCUUGCUGCAUAAAAUAUUUAUAUCGUCCAUUUACAUAGUUCAUUCCUAUGCAUUCUGCUUAUGUUCCUCCAGCAGCAUCCAUCAUACACUAACUCAGCACUUCUUCAGCAUGCCUUCCCUAUUAUUCUAACUUUUUUCUUGAACAUUUCAUCACCUUCAUCACAGUCCCAUACUGCUUUUGCUUAACAUAUCAUAUUUAAGUAAUUCCCUUUUCUAAUGCUUUUACAUUUCACACACGGUGGUUUAACGUUUUCUUUCUGCAAUCUGCAGCUCCGGUGACCGGGGACGCUAGCCGGGUUGCCAUGGCAACAAGCUGCAGCCAAUGACAGCCAUUUCCGGGACGACGUCACCGGGACCACAGGCGCGCCUCCCCGACCUCCGGCAGCAGCAGAGCACACGCAUACAAGAUCUACAGGGAUAUAAGCUCCGGUGACCGGGGACGCUAGCCGGGUUGCCAUGGCAACAAGCUGCAGCCAAUGACAGCCAUUUCCGGGACGACGUCACCGGGACCACAGGCGCGCCUCCCCGACCUCCGGCAGCAGCAGAGCACACGCAUACAAGAUCUACAGGGAUAUAAGGUAAGACUUUAGCACACUUUCUUUUUCUUUCUUUUUCUUUUCAGCACGCUUUUUUGUUACAGAACACAGCAGCCAUAUGUUAUCCUGACGAAGGGACAAUGCAAAGUCCCGAAACGAGCCGUUGAUAAAACGGAUAGGCUGAUUUUUUCUCAUGUAACCAACAUUCAUUAAAGCACUUUUUUUUUCUCAUGGA